AAAGAGAUAUCAGUUUCUCUCUUCACUCUCUAAUGGCUCUCUCCCCUGCGGCUCCAACCUGUAAUUCGUUCUCUCACCUCCAAUCCUCCAUAUUACCUUCAUUCAGAUUAAACCCUUAUGUCGCCUCUUCAAAACUCAACCGCUUCCACCACUGUCUCCGUCGUCGAAGCCCUCUCCUUCGUCCACUCGCUGCUGUCACUCUCGAAUCAGGAAAUGGUGCUAUGGUUGCUCCCAAGAAGACCGAUAGCACUUCCUAUGGUAGGCAGUACUUCCCGUUAGCUGCUGUCGUUGGGCAGGAUGCAAUUAAAACAGCUUUAUUGCUUGGAGCAGUUGAUCGUGAGAUUGGAGGAAUAGCCAUAUCUGGAAAACGAGGAACAGCCAAAACCAUAAUGGCACGUGGGUUACAUGCAAUUCUUCCACCAAUUGAAGUAGUUGUAGGUUCAACAUCAAAUGCUGAUCCAGCCUGCCCUGAAGAGUGGGAAGAUGGACUAGCCAAUCGAGUACAUUAUGAAGCUGCCGGUAAUGUUAAGACAGAGAUUGUCCGGACUCCUUUUGUUCAGAUUCCACUUGGUGUCACAGAAGAUAGGCUGCUUGGAUCUGUUGAUGUUGAGGAGUCUGUCAAGACUGGAACAACAGUUUUCCAGCCAGGACUUCUUGCUGAAGCCCAUAGAGGUGUCUUAUAUGUAGACGAGAUAAACCUUCUGGAUGAGGGGAUCAGCAAUUUGCUUCUUAAUGUUUUGACUGAGGGAGUUAAUACAGUGGAAAGAGAAGGAAUCAGCUUUCGCCAUCCAUGCAAACCACUUCUUAUUGCAACUUAUAACCCAGAGGAAGGUUCUGUACGUGAACACUUACUUGAUCGCAUUGCAAUCAAUUUGAGUGCAGAUAUUCCAAUGAGUUUUGAUGACCGUGUUGCAGCUGUUGGCAUUGCAACACAGUUUCAGGAACAGGGCAAUGAAGUCCUUAAAAUGGUUCAGGAAGAAACAGAUUUGGCAAAGACUCAGAUCAUUUUGGCUAGGGAGUAUUUGAAAGAUGUCAGUAUCAGCAGGGAGCAAUUGAAAUAUCUCGUUAUGGAAGCACUACGAGGUGGUUGCCAGGGACACAGAGCCGAACUUUAUGCUGCCCGCGUUGCAAAAUGCUUAGCUGCCGUAGAGGGGCGGGAAAAAGUCAAUGUGGAUGAUCUCAAGAAAGCUGUUGAGUUGGUAAUUCUUCCUCGCUCAGACAUAAAUGAGAGCCCGCAGGAACAGCAAAAUCAGCCACCUCCACCCCCACCACCCCCUCCACAAAGUCAAGAUUCUGCAGAGGAUCAGAAUGAGGAAGAUCAAGAGGAGGACAAUGAUCAAGAGAAUGAACAACAAGAGGAGCAAAUACCUGAGGAGUUCAUCUUUGAUGCUGAAGGUGGUUUGGUAGAUGAAAAGCUUUUAUUUUUUGCACAACAAGCACAGAGGCGCCGAGGAAAAGCUGGACGGGCCAAAAAUGUUAUAUUUUCAGAGGAUAGGGGGCGAUAUAUUAAGCCUAUGCUUCCAAAGGGCCCUGUAAAGAGACUAGCUGUUGAUGCGACCCUUCGAGCAGCUGCACCAUACCAAAAGUUGCGUAGGGAGAAGGACAUUCAGAAGACUAGGAAAGUAUAUGUGGAGAAAACUGAUAUGAGAGCUAAAAGAAUGGCACGGAAAGCAGGAGCCUUGGUAAUAUUUGUAGUUGAUGCUAGUGGGAGCAUGGCAUUGAACCGAAUGCAAAAUGCAAAAGGUGCAGCACUUAAGUUACUCGCAGAGAGUUAUACAAGCAGAGACCAGGUUUCUAUUAUUCCUUUCCGUGGAGAUUCUGCAGAGGUUCUCCUGCCUCCUUCAAGGUCUAUUGCAAUGGCAAGAAAACGUCUUGAGAGACUUCCAUGUGGUGGAGGUUCUCCUCUGGCUCAUGGUCUUAGCACGGCUGUAAGGGUUGGGCUAAAUGCAGAGAAGAGUGGUGAUGUUGGGCGUGUAAUGAUUGUUGCAAUAACCGAUGGCAGAGCCAACAUUUCACUGAAGAGAUCUACUGAUCCCGAGGCUGCUGCUGCUGCUUCUGAUGCUCCCAGACCUUCUAACAAAGAGUUAAAGGAUGAAAUUCUUGAAGUAGCUGGAAAAAUAUACAAAGCAGGGAUGUCUCUUCUUGUUAUUGACACUGAAAACAAGUUUGUCUCAACUGGGUUUGCGAAGGAGAUUGCCAGAGUUGCUCAAGGUAAAUAUUAUUACUUACCAAAUGCUUCGGAUGCAAUUAUCUCAGCUACAACAAAGGAAGCCUUAUCAGCCUUAAAGAGCUCUUAGCCUACUCUUAAGAAUUGUAAAUUCAUUGUCUUGUGCUGAAAUAUGGUGCAUAAACCAUAGUUUGAGAAAAUUUUCUUGGCCUUCUCUUACA